AUGGCCAUCGCGCACAUCGCCACCGAGUACGUCUUCUCCGACUUCUUGCUGAAGGAGCCGCCGGAGACGCGCUACAAGGGGCUGCGGCUGGAGCUGGCGCUGGACAAGAUAGUCACCUGCAUCGCCGUGGGGCUGCCGCUGCUCCUCAUCUCCCUCGCCUUCGCCCAGGAGGUCUCCAUCGGUGCUCAGAUAAGCUGUUUUGCACCCAGCUCCUUCUCCUGGCGACAAGCUGCUUACGUGGACUCCUACUGCUGGGCAGCUGUGCAGCAGAAGCAACCGUCCCAGAGCAACUUAGAAAACAUUCCCCUGUGGCUGCAUAAAUUCUUCCCAUACAUCCUUCUGCUCGUCGCUAUCCUGCUGUAUCUACCAUGUUUGUUCUGGCGCUUCACUGCAGCACCUCACCUUUCCUCAGACCUGAAAUUUAUUAUGGAAGAACUUGACAAAGCCUAUAACAGGGCAAUCAAAGCUGCUAAUAGCAUCCGCAGCGGGGACCCCAGGGACCCUACUGAGUUGGUUCCAGCUGUUAAUGAGAACUUGACACAGAGUUUGUGGGAAAUAUCUGAAAGCCACUUUAAAUACCCAAUUGUGGAGCAGUACCUGAAGACGAAGAAGAAUUCCAAAUGCCUAAUAAUUAAAUAUAUUAUCUGCCGUUUACUCACUCUAGUAAUUAUUUUCAUUGCAUGCCUCUACCUGGGCUACUACAUUAGCCUCUCCUCUUUGAGUGAUGAGUUUCUCUGCACUAUCAAAACUGGGAUCUUAAAGAAUGACACAACUGUUCCUGAAGUGGUUCAGUGCAAGCUUAUUGCUGUUGGUGUCUUUAAGGUACUCAGCUAUAUUAACCUGCUAGUCUAUCUUCUAGUGAUGCCGCUGGUAGUGUAUGCAAUGUUUGUUCCAUGGAGGUGGAAUUCAGGUAUUCUCAAAGUGUAUGAAAUCCUGCCAACUUUCGAUGUGCUGAAACUGAAGUCAAAGUGUUUUGAUGACUUAAGCCUUUACCUCCUCUUUCUUGAGGAAAACGUGAGUGAACUUAAAUCAUUUAAAUGCCUCAAAGUGCUGGAGAACAUUGCAGCUUCUGAGAAGUUUGAUGUCAUGCAACUUUUAGUAAACCUUGGUACUAUUAAGACAGAUACCGUGGAUGGGAAGCCAGGGACAGCUGUGUUGGAGAAGCCUGAAGAAACAACUACAGAAGAGCUGGAAAAAAAUGCAACAGAGCUACAAGUUUUGACAGACCAUGAUGCAAGUGGCAACGUGAGUCCGAGAGAAGAUAAAAAACUUCGCCAAAGACUUAUAGAUUCUUCAUGCUGA